GUGUGUGUGUGUGUGUGAGUGAGUGAGUGUGUGUCCUCCCCGGCCGCAUGAGAUGAGCAGCCCGCAGUCUUCGCAGCCACUGUUUCCUCCUCCUCCUCCACCUCCUCCUCUCUGCGCCUCUGUGUAUGUGUCCACUCCGGGAUUGUUGACCACCGUGGGCUGAUCCUCCGCCGCCGAGUUCACUCCACUCGGCCCCGCUGCGUGUGCCCGAGCUUCACCGAGCACCGGCCCGCCUGCCUCGGCGUGAUCGGGCUGUGAGGUUCUUCUCUUGUGUCCACCUCCUGCUGAAACUGAUCCAACUGGGCAAAUUGUGCGAAAGAGCAGAGAAACACAAAACAUGGCAGUGGCCGGGUGUCCGGAUUAUUUCCUGCAUCAUCCAAAUUAUCAGCAGGACAAUAUAGACCGGUCCUCCAAUCACAGACAAGCUGACCUCAUUGGUCCGAGCUUCCAGCAAUCAGUCAAUCGGAGCUCUCCUAGCCACCAAGAAGACGAUGUUGACCUCGAGGCCCUGGUUAAUGAUAUGAACUCUUCGCUGGAGAGCCUCUACUCCACCUGCAGUGGUCAGCAGACAGAGACCACUCCACUACUGCACAAUGGACAGACCACUUCCUCGCACCAUCAUCAUCAUCACACACAACCUAACCACCCACGGCAGGGUCAGCACUCGCACGCACUAAGCCACGUCUCGCCGGAGCCGCCCUCCUCGUCCUCGUCCGCAGACUCGCCCCAGUCCAGCCUCCGACGGUCCCAACCUAUGCACAUCCUCGCUGUCAGGAGGUUGCAGGAGGAGGAGCUGAGGACAUCGUCUCUCCCGGCCAUCCCGAACCCCUUCCCCGAGCUCUGCAGUCCAGCAAGCUCACCUGUCCUCAGUCCAGGGUCUCUACCUCCCGACGAACCCACCACUGACAAUUAUAUUGUGAAGAUCUUCAGUGAAGACGGCAUGUGUAAAGUGGUGGAGAUCCCGGCCGACAUGACAGCCAGGGACCUGUGCCAGCUCCUGGUUUAUAAAAGCCAUUGUGUGGAUGACAACAGUUGGGCACUUGUUGAACACCACCCGCUGCUAGGACUAGAGCGCUGUCUAGAAGACCAUGAGCUGGUGGUUCAGGUCCAGGCCUUCAUGAGCAGCGACAGUAGGUUCCUCUUCAGGAAGAACUAUGCCAAAUAUGAAUUCUUCAGAAACCCCUUGACGUUUUUCCCGGAGCACAUGGUCGCGUGGUGCCAGGAAAGCAAUCGUUCGAUUCCACCAUCCCAGCUCCUUCAGAACUUCCUCGCGACCAGUAGCUGUCCAGAGAUCCAGGGGUAUCUGUACGUGAAGGAGGUGGGGAGGAAGUCGUGGAAGAAAGUUUACAUGUUCCUGCGGCGCUCAGGGCUCUACUGCUCGACAAAAGGAGCCUCAAAGGAGCCCAGACAUCUACAGUUACUUGCAGACUUAGAAGAAAGCAACAUGUUCACUGUCAUCACAGGCAAAAAGUAUCACGGUGCGCCCACAGACUACGGCUUCUGUAUCAAGCCCAACAAAGCUCGAGGGGAGUUGAAAGACUUGAGGAUGCUGUGUGCCGAGGACGAGCAGGGAAGGACCUGUUGGAUGACCGCCUUCCGACUCUUUAAGUAUGGGAUUGGAUUGUAUCAGAAUUACAAGAUUCCUCAACAAAGAAAAACCUUAAUUUCACACUUCUCAGCUCCUGUGCGGAGUGUGUCGGAGAACUCCCUCGUGGCCAUGGAUUUCUCAGGGAGGAUAGGCAGGGUGAUCGACAACCCUGUGGAGGCCCAGAGUGCUGCCAUGGAGGAGGGACACGCGUGGAGGAAGAGGAGUCAACGAAUGAACAUAUUAGGCUCCCACAGUCCACUGCACCACUCCUCACUAAGCUCAGUUAUCCACAUAGCACAGCUGUGGUUUCAUGGCAGGAUAUCCAGAGAAGAAUCCCAUCGCAUUAUCCACCAGCAGGGACAAGUAGAUGGGUUGUUUCUGCUGAGAGUCAGUCAGAGUAACCCCAAGGCGUUUGUGCUCACGUUGUGCCAUCACCAGAAAUUCAAACAUUUCCAGAUACUACCGUGUGAAGAGGACGGCCAGAGCUUCUUCAGCCUUGACGACAGCGCCACCAAAUUCACCGACCUGAUUCAGCUGGUAGAGUUCUACCAGCUCAACAGAGGAGUGCUGCCUUGUAAACUCAAACACCCGUGCACCGCCGUGGCCUUAUGACAUCUUCAGAUCCUCUGACCCCGCCCCCAUCACCUGACCUGACUCUGCCUAAAACAAGCAAAACAAAAGGAAUCGUGGUGUCGGGCGGUUCUUUUUGUUUUUUUUAUCUUUAUAAGAAGCUGGUGAAUUGACUGAUGUUUCAUUGUCGUUGUUUUAUAUUGUCGUGAGUCCGCCAGAGACUGCUGACUUGUUGGAUUUCUUUUUAGUUUGCAUGGAUGUUUGAGGAGUCGGACUCGCAAACUCGCCCAAGCUGUCCCUCGGUCGUGAAGAGAGGGCGUAGGGGAAAUGAACACUGCCAUUUGUGUCAGCGCUGUUGCAAAAUCCACGGUCUCACUUUCCACAGUCGUCAAUAAGCUUGGACCCCAAAUCCUACCUGGAUGUUUUGAAGCGAAGUCUGUAUUUCCCUUCAACUGGACAAUCAGCAGGACAAGUCGAGCUUUGGUUAGGACCACUCUGCUCUCCUGAGAAUAAACACUUCUCCCCGCAAACUUUUCAUCACACGUCCUUCGAGAGAAUAAGCUGCAGAUGGAGAGGUGAUUGUUUUGCACGCAUCGAACUGGGAGUGGCCUUUGACAGUGCAUGACCUUGACUUAACUGUGAGACGAUGCCGCCGCCCUCUAGUGUUGUAGGCACGCAAGGUCCACAAUUAAACGUGGAUGAGGUUCCGAGGCGUCAGAAAGAGUGUCGCUGUAUCAGAAGUUUGUCAGGUCAAAGUACCUGGAGAAAAAAUGGCUACGUAAAAAUCUGGAACUAUUAGAACAACGUAUUUUUAUAGUGGACAAGACUGCAUUAUUCAUCCUCUCAGAAAUUCAUUUUCUCAUCUAUGAAAACACAGGGUUUCUUUUCUCGUUGAUACGCGUAUGUCUUGUCAUCAAAUUCAUCUUUAUUCAUUGUUUCAUAUACAUUUUUUUGCAGUCUGGAUAUUUGCAAACCCUCUAUUCUCUAUAUAAGCUACAAUGGGGUAAAUCUGCACUUGUUAUUCUACUGCACGCGUCUUAUUCCCAGGCGACUCUCACAAAAAGAGCAUAAAUCGAACCAUGGUGUCAUUCAGGGUAAUAUUACGAGUAUUAAAACAACUGUAUCCAGGAUGAGUUUUUCAAAAGAAGCCAUAUGUAGUAGUUGUAUCCAUUGUCUCUCCCUACAGGCAAUUGCAGGCCUACAUAAAGCUACCUGUUGCAUCAGAUAAAGUGGGACAGCGGAGAACAUCGUUUUUUCUCUCCAUGCUACAGCACAGGGAAGGGUAAUCACUGGCAUUUAACACGUAACAGUCAGCAAAUGAAAGGAAACACAAUCUUCCGUUGUUCUUUGCCAAACUACUUCAGCCGGGAGAUACGGCGGACACACGAUGCAGCACGAUCACCUCCUACCUGCCGGGAGUCAGAGAGAAGGUGUCCAUCGUGGUUUCGGUGGCUCUGACUCCACACUGACAGUUGACUCUGUGCAUUACACGUCGCACGAUGCGGCCUUUACCUGCCUGUGAACAAACUGUAUCACACACACACACACACACACUGCCUACUGCACACCACCUGUUUGAAUGAAAAAAUCUGAAGAGAGAGAAGUUUGUCACAUAUCAGAAUUAUGAAAACAGAAUGAUCGCUGCCUCACGUUUCCUCUCUGCCCGUUUCACCCAGUCUCAAUGUCUUAUGUUUUUUUUCCUUAUUCAGUUUGAGAGCAGGACUUGUUGAUUUCACAUUCAGAUGUUGUAACGCUUUCACUCAAAAACCCAGUGCUUGCACUCCGAUUUCCUGCUCUCCAGCUUUAGCUCCUGUGCCGUUUCUGUGCGUACGUGAACAAUCUGCUCUCUGGUUUUUGGAGUUUUUUUGUCCAACAUGUCUGUCAAAAUUCCCAAACCAAUAGAAUGUCAGGUGUAUUGAUCCUUGAUGCCCUGCUCUCAAGCUGAAAGACCACACUCUUGAAUAAAGACAGGAAACCCACAUUUCUCUAGUGUGAAGCUGGAACAUUUAGGCUUCAUAGUGCAAAACUCUCACAGGACCUAUUAACCCACGUCUCUACAUUUGAGUUUACUGACUCGCAGUGCAUGCUGUGUUUUUUAAAAGACAGUAAAGAGAGCAUCAGACUGAGGGCAGAGGGUAGACAACUCUUAGUCAGUUUCAGAAUACGGAUUUCAGCACAGAUCUCUGCCAUCUCAAACCUCGGGGAAGCUAUUUAAACUAAUCGUGGUCACUUGAGUCUCUCCUGGUGAAUUGGGUUCAGAAUCCCUCUUCCUCCAAUGUCUUAAGACAAACGGCAUUUUUUGUUUUUCCGUUUCUUCGCCUGAAAUUUCUCAUCACUCCCUUGAAAGCAGCCAUCUUUUAUUUACCUGCAGGUUUUUUUAAGGUGACCAUCUGAGAUGCAGAAUAGCCGCACUAUAUCGACACUUUGCGUGGUCACCAUCUAAGAUGCAAUGACUCAAUCAUUUUUAAAGUAUUGUUGCAGCAAAAUGUAUUUAUUUAUCUGGAUGUGAUUACUUGAAAAUUUUAGAUUUCUUUUUCUCAGCGCUGUUCUGUACUGUUUUCUGUUGUUACCAUGAAAUGAUUGACCAGUGUGAUUUAUUAUUUUAUUAUUUUUAUUACUGUAAUGACCUAGCAACUAUGGAGUAUUUUUUUUCUUUUUUUCUUUUUUUUAAAGUUUUGAUUAUUCAGAAAUUUUGUCAUCAUCAACACAAUGUUUUUUUUAAAGCACACUUGCAUCCAUAGUAUUAACAUUGUCAUUCCAAUAUAUGACAGCCCGAAUGUUGUGAAAUUGAUAACAAAAUUACUUGAGCUUCCCAAAGCAUUAAUAGUGACUAAGAUAUUUUUUCAAACCCUUUUUAUGUUUCUUUUUUUCACCCAAUCUAUAAAAUAUAUCUUCUUUUAAGAAUUCCAACCAGUUUAUAUUAAAUAAAGCCUCACAUUUUCUUCCCAUCACCGACUUUAGGUGACCAUAGAUAUGAAUUAAAGUAACAAAACAACAGAUGUUUUGGGAAACUGGGUCAAGUAAACCUCAACAUGCUCAUAAUUCACUGUUGAAAUGCCUUUUACUGAGGAAAGAAUUGUAGAGAUUUAGAUGUAGGAAAAAGCCCCUUUCAUUCAAGUUAAAGCAUCUUAAAAUACUAUUAGUUAUAAUUGAAAGAAUCCACAACAAAAUAUAUAUAAUAAGGCAUUGUCACAAUUUCCUCUGUGUUAAUUUAUACCCUUAUAACUGCAAUGAACAGGGAACUAACCAAACCACAUCAGAGCAACACGGUCAGCUGGGUCACAGCGUUGAUCUCAGAGUGAAGAAACUUAAAUUAGCAGGUAGUUUUGAUCUUUUGCAUGAAUGUGUAUUGUGUAGGGAUUCUUUCUCAUAUCUGAGAUGUUGAUUAUUCAUUGUAAUCUGGAUUGGAUUGCUGAAUAGGUUCUCACUGAAAUGUUGAUGUUAGUAUUAAUCUACAGUCCCCCCCAAGAUUCAGAUUCACUCCACCCACUUUGCUCCCCUUCUUAAAUUCCCAAUAUUGCUUAUUUUUUCUGACUGAUGUGAACGGUAGCUGAGGUUAAGGUGAGGGACGGGUCACGUGUUGUACGGUGGAGUCAGUGUUCGCAAAGAAGAUAGUUGCUGGAUCUUAGUUGCUCUCAAUGCAAAAGGCAGGAAAUAAAUUCAAAUAGUGGAUACAUGGACUAAUGAAUCAGGUGAUUUGGACUUCCACAUUUUUUUACACUUAACAGAGAUGAAUGUAACUGGGUUGCUCAGGGUUGAUUAAGAGCAUGUUAAAAACUACUGGUCCAUCAGGUCUCGAGGACGUUUAUGUACAGGAUGAUGAUGACUCGUGAAUAUUGUAGUUUCAUUGAGCUGCGAGUUGUUAACUUUUCUCCAUUAUGUGCACCACCCAUCUGCUAGUUGUGAUUACUUGAAAAAUAUCCUUGCAGCAAAAUUGAGUAGAUCCAGUGCUUAAAAAAAGAGUACAUUUAGUUUAACAGUGUUUUUUUAAUAUUAUUGUUUAAGCUGUUCAUUUAAGAAGAAAAAAAAGCCUAAACUACUUGCCUGACUACCUGAGCUGAUUUAGCUAUUAAGCCUCAGUUUUCAAUCUAAAAAACACAAGCUAAUUUUUCAUGCAUCGAUUUAGCCUAAUCUGGUCCAUUUAAUCAUAUUAGGCUGUGUAUUGUGGAGAUGAUCAAGUGCACAUUUAGACUGUGUAAAUAAAAGAACCAACAGUUUUGGUAGCCAGGUGACAUGUAACCACAGAUGGUGCCUCUGGUGACUUCUCUUUCUCUGCAUAAACCAGGCCUGACGUUUAGGCCAAAUGUCAGAUAAAGCAAUGCUUCAGAUGGGACCAUUCACACUCAAAAACUCUGGCGAAAAGGUGCUUGAGAGUGGAUGCUCGUUUUUUCUGCUGCAGUUUCAGUUGAGUUUUAAAAUCGAACGCAAAUUGGCCCCAAUCCUGCAAAGUUGGAUUGAUCGGUUUUCAUCUUGGCUCUUUUGCAUUUUCAUAACAUUGUCACAAUGCAAGAUACCAUGGCUGUACAAAUGAGUAAAGUAAAUAUAUAUGUAUAUAUGUGUAUAUAUAUAUAAUAUGUGUAUAUAUGUAUGCAUAUGUACACAUAUUUCUAUAUGUAUACAUAUAGAAAUAUAAACUAUUACGUAUUUCAGGGAAUGCAAAAAGAAAACAGUAACUUAUCUCUUUUUUGUAAGAGAGAGGUCCUGUAUUCAUAAUGUGCUUUGCUUCAAUCUGUACAUAGUUGAAUGGCUUAUAAAUCAUAAUUGUAACCUUUUCAGGUAUUUUUGUACAAAUAAGGGACUGAUAUAUUCUGUUUAUUGUAAUUAGAAUAAAACAUUAAUACAUUGAUAUAAAAA